AUGAGGCAAAGAAGCAGGCACGCGGGUGCCAUGCUGCAGUUCUUGCUUGGUUUUACUCUUGGCAAUGUGGUUGGGAUGUAUGUGGCUCAGAACUAUGAUAUUCCUAACAUUGCAAAGAAGCUUGAAGAUUUUAAGAAGGAUGUGGAAGCUAAGAAGAAACCUCCCAGUGACAAGUCCUAAGAGAGUGGUGUUACCCAGAUCACCUCUGUGCAUGCAUGAAGGAUGCAGUUUACUUUUCAGGCAACAAAGGUCAAGCAGAGAGUUGGCAUGGGAAGUUCCUCCAUUUUUAGUCUCCUAGAACUGGAAUGCCCUUCUUUUGAAAGAGCAAUCAUGAACUUUUCCUGGGACUGAUUUUCAGGGGUUUCAGAAUUUGGAUUUGCAGUUGAUAUGUGACUGCAUAAUAAGAUCAUCUGUAUUUUUUGUUAUUACUUUUCCUAAUAUUUUGUACCCCAUUUUUACCUGAUCCAACUGGAGUCCUGUUUGUCCUGU